AUGGGCGAUCUGCAAAAGCAUCUCCUAAAGGCCCUGCGCCGUGAGCGCCUGGAUGCCUUGGAGGCCAAAGCCUCGCCGCGUAGCCCCGAGGGGGCCUCGCCACGCCACAUCUCCUCAAGGGAGAUUUCAACCUCCUCGAGACAGCCAAGCAGCGUUCUACGCGGGCGCAGUGCGCCAGCUCUGGGACGCAAACGUUCCACGACGCCGAAAGAUCUGGGCCAGGCCCUGCGCGGUGGCUUCCGACGACAGUUUGGCAACUUCUCCACUUUCUUUUAUGAUGACACGGUGGGCCGGAUCGCUGAGGAUGAGGUCAAGCUCAUUGCAGAGGGCUUGCUUCAGAAGGUGAAUCACUACCACUUCCUCUACCCAAUUGCGCAGCUCUUCCUUUGGCUUGGAAUGCUUUCCUCUGUCAUGGUGUGUUGCGUUCUUCUUGGGCUGUACUACCAGGCCAACUAUCCCAACACACCCGCGAUGUGGCGAUGCUAUUCGUCAAUUCUCGCCGUGUGCGCUGUUGGGAGCGUCAUCUUCCUCUGCUGGAUGAAGUUUGGUAUGCUCCGCGAGAAGCAGGAGGAGGUCCGCACCAAGACCUCAGCGCCGAACUUUCUGAAUGAGGUUCGGUUUCCUGGAGAGGUCGCCGGAGAGGAUCCGAGACAUCCGUUCACCUCGGCUGUGCCGGUGUUCCGCGACGAUGCACAGGUGGAGGAGACCUUUCACACUCCGACCGGAGGCGAUGUUGAGGCCUUCGAAACUGCAGCCGAGGACUCAGAUCACGGACCCAACCUUCCGUUGCCGGCUCUACAGCAGCGGGGGCGCCCCUGGCAGCGACCGAGGCGCAUUUCCGAGAGCUCGGCUGGGUCGAUACCGGGUUUUCCGUACUGA